GUCGCCUUGGGUCUCAGCACAUGUGGCGCGCCCAUAAGCAGGAGAGACAAAGGGCGAAUGAGACGCAGCAUACGGGAGGAGCGGCGGCGUGAUGAUAAACGGAACUGGUUUUGUGCAGUUGGCUGUGACUGCCUUCGCCGUUAUAGAGGCUACCUCGCACCGGUCAACGGCAGGCCUACAAUGUUCUUCCCCUAAUACUUCUGGCGCGCCGGCUUUUCGUGAGUCUUUGCCCUCUCCAAUGUGGAUCGUGACAGGGAAGUUAUGAGGGUAGUUCUCUUUCCGUUGAUUCAACGUGUGUCGCAUGAGGUUCCAUCAUCCGCCGCCAAAGAGACGAAGGAUUUGCAGGCGUUUGCUGGCCGCGAGCGUGAACAGAGACAGUCACUGCGAACGGUGGCAGUUCCGCGUGACUGUUCCAGUUAGGAAAAGCAUUACUUGGCACAGCUGCCAAACGUCGUGGUGGCUGUUUCUUUCCUGAGGGGUAGUACAAAUCACGAAAUACCGGACAGAGAAAAGUGAAAGGGACACAUUUCUCCGCUCCCUCACAGCAUCGGCUGCGGGGACGAAAGUAUGUAUGCGGUUGAGUCGGCCGACCCUGGGUGGGCUGGCUGUGCUGGGAUAUAUUUUCUUUCUUACCUCAACCGCGAAUCUGCUUGAGUACUUUGUACCCUCUGGAUUCCGUGCCAGUCAUUUCUGACCUUUUGGAAGGGCCUCAGCUCCGCAAGAUCUGUUUCCAGGCUUACACGUUAUCCACAAAGGAUCAGUUGUGUGGUCUGGUUUUGAAGAUGCGUGAGCGCAGCCGGCGCUGCCUGCCGUGCUAGCAUUCGGCUUCCUUCUCUUUCUGGACACUCCUAUUGAGAAAGGUGCCUCAUUGAUUGUGUUUUUCUGUUGUCGGUGAGCGAACGAAGGGGAGUGCCGCUUUAUUCGUGAGCGUCUUGGCCUGAGUCCGCGGCAGGCGUUUUGGGGGUGUCUAUCCGUAGGGUUACGUCUCAUUGAGGCACGUUAAAUACAUUCUUCGACACUGGAGAGUCAAGCUCCAGUUUCGAGCAAGCUGCGGUAAGCGUGGGCAGGAACCAAGCUGCUUGUGUGUGCAGUCACAUGCCCAAAGGGUUUUGAUGGUGUGGUACAUGACACGAGUUCAUGUGUUCGCAUCGCGUCAUCUGAGGAUAGUACGCCUGGUAGGCGCACACAGUUCCCCGGUUGGUCCUCGAAUUUGAUGGUUUUCAAAUAAAUACGUGCGCACACACGGUUUUUACCUCGACUGUAUUAUUAUUGUGUCUGUCGUGUCCAGUGCGACCGCGAAUUUCGGUUGUACGCAUUCCGUAUGCGACAUGUGCCUUCUUAACAUAUGCGCACAUCUUCACGUUGUCGGCAGCUGAAGGCUUUCUCCUCAAGGAGUUAAGCUUCCUGGUGGAAGAGGGAUAGGUUCAAUACCCUGGAAGGGGUUAUGCAUCUCAACAGGAGAGGCAUACGGGGAAAUGCUCUGUCACUCCCUUUUUUAUGGCCGCCGUCGUCGGUUCAGCUUCUCACAUUCUCACACUCGCAAAGGCUCACCCCACGAAAGUGUAACUACCGACAUCUGCAGUGUGACUUUGUCUCCAGAGGAGUCCCAAGGAGCGUUGUUGGCUUUUUCUUUUGCCAAACGCGAGGAAUUCCUGAGCUCAAAUAUACGAGCUGAAGUCUCCGCAAACGGUUGGGGAGAGACUGCACUUGUCCCUUACAAUAUAUUGACCAUCCUGUGAACAUUCAGGGGAUCUUUAUUCGCACAUUGAGAAGCUUGGGUUGUCCUGCGCCAUCUCCGCGACCAGAUACCACAUAUUAGAGGGUAAAGCGGUUAUGCGCGGCUCCUCCGGAGUGUUCGAAGUCGGUUGACUUUCGGAAAGAACGGGUUCCGAGAAUUCCGAGUCUCGUGAAUGUCGAUUUUGUUCAAUGAGCACUUUCUUUUUUGGCUCGACUAUACCUAAUCGAGUGUAGUAAUUCGUUUAAAUUUUCACAUCACGAGUGCCGUGGUGGGUGUGAGUCACUGUCUCGGCUUUGUGUGAAGGUGAAAUGGCAGGGACAAGCAUUUUUCAAGGCUCUUCAUGGGCUCGCAUUCUUCGCGAUGCGGUCCAGAUCAUUCCAGGUCGUUUCUUUUUCCUCUCACUGACUGGCACUCCUUGGGAUACCCAGUCCAUACACUUCUUCUGCACAGAUCAGACAUUCCAGUAUGAGCCAUUCUUCGCAGACUUCGGACCUCUUAGUCUUGGUUGCAUUUACAAAUAUGCAAAACUUCUUGAAUCCAAGCUCAAAGAAGCAGAGGAACGGCAACACAUUUUGAUACACUAUUCGGCCAUUCAUCCUGAAAAGCGAGCAAAUGCUGCGCUCUUAAUCGGGGCAGCUCAGAUGCUUCUCUUCGGAAUGUCCGCUCAAGAGGCAUACAGGCCGUUUCUUAAUAUUUCACCUCGAUUCGUUCCUUUCCGGGAUGCAACAUGCGGACCGUGUAAUUUCAAGCUGACAAUUUUGGACUGCCUUAAGGGUCUGGAAUUCGCGAUGAAACUUGGAUGGUUUGACUACAAGACCUUCAAUGUUGACGAGUACGACUACUAUGAAAAGUUGAAAAACGGAGAUAUGAAUUGGAUUAUCCCAAGCCGUAUCCUGGCAUUCUCUUGCCCUUCCAGCGCCACAGGCAACCACGACGGAUACAGCACGUGCACCCCAGAAGACUACGCGAAUAUUUUCAAUAGCCUAGGGAUUAAAACAGUCGUACGGUUGAACAAGAAACAAUAUGAUGCCAGGAAGUUCACCGACAGGAACAUCGAGCACGUGGAUCUAUUUUUCGUAGAUGGUACCUGCCCCUCCAGAGAAAUAAUACAAGCAUUUCUGCAGGUGGUCGAAAACCGAGAUCAUCCAAUUGCGGUGCACUGUAAAGCUGGCCUUGGCCGAACAGGGACCCUCAUCGGAUGCUAUGCCAUCAAAAACUUCAAGUUCCCCGCAGUUGAGUGGAUAGGCUGGAACCGAUUGUGCAGGCCGGGUAGCAUUUUGGGGCCACAACAGCAAUUCCUUACUGAAAUACAGCACGAGUUGCUUCAAAUGAAUCGGGAGAAUUCUAUACACACACGCCGAUUACAUGCUUCACAGCCAUCGAAAUCGCUGCCAAGCUCUUCUCCGUCUCAAAAGGACGAUCUUGCCGAUUGCUUAGCGAAACUUUCCCUGGACAGUCGGCGAGUGGCGGAACAUGGAGACGCUGGACAAGGCGAGCGACUGCUCGUUGCCAAGCGGCAACAGCAGGCAGGGCUGUCUACUGCUGCAUCGUCUACGUCGUCAAGUGUAAAUGGCAUUGACUCGGGGUCCCAAAGAAAGAUCCUUCCCCUUCCUCUUCUUCUCUCCCGUCCUCUAUCUAGCAAUACUGCUCCGUUCUCAGAAGUGACGGUGCUAUUCAAUGUGCAUCUUUUGAAGCUUCACACCAUCAGAAGCCUCACAUUCUGUAGGGGAAUUGUCUCGCGCUGUUGAAUCUGCGAAUUCUUAAGCGUUCAUUUUCGUUACCAUAUCUCACAGUUCCUACGGCGUUCACUAACGUUUCAGCUAAAACAUUGGCUGUAGUAGAGAUUCGUUCCAUUUCACCUUGUUAGAACCACCCCCAUUUCUCGCGGCAUUGUUUGUUUAUUUGCACGAGGAAAGGGUUGCAGGUUCUGUGUUUCCAGGAGUUCCGCCGACUUUUUUCGUUUGCAAGCGAGGCCAAUGCGACCGAGCGAAACCCGGGCGUUGUGGUAACACAUAUAAAGAAUCCAGGGACAGCUGUGUGCAGUACUAACACAUUGCCAAUGGUUGUCCCAUCGGGCAACUCGUCGAAUCAAUCGGUUGAAGGCUAGUGCCGGUUUCUGCAUAUAUUAGUUGCAUCCUUUUCGAUCGCAUUCCUCAAACGUGGCCCAUGUCAAGUUUCAUCCAUCGGGAAUCAAAGCGUUGAGCAUCACUUUUAGCCAGGGGCAUUUUGAAUUGCAGUGCUUGAGGUAGUGUAUCUUGUGAGCACCAGAAGUGUGCUGGCUGUAUUGAGGCCAGAAGGCAGGUCAGAUGUUUUGCGGUUUGCCGGGUCCCCGGCAAACAUGCCAUAGUCAUGUUUUCUUUUCCCUUUAUUCUGUCUCACGGGAUGAGAGACAAAGAGAGCUCGUCUCACGCAUUUGCAGGCUUGCUACAGUGUUUAUGCUGUGUGUCUGAUUUGGAUUGAGUGGAAGUAGUAUUCUUAGUGUAAGCUCUACAGCAACGAAGCUGUCAGAACUGGAGAUGGAACUAUCCUUUACCACGCUAUGAUUGGAGUGUGAGGCGCGUCCAGCAUCAUGGCGCAAAUAGCUGUGACGCUGUCGUCGGUGGAAGGGUUAUGGGCGCCGGUACUCUACCCUGCAGGGGGCGGCAGACAAUGUGACCGUCGUCCUUGCGAACAUGUCGAGGAACGGGAUAUAUUCCUGCAAGAGGCUUUUGUGAAUGUUGUUUACACUGACGUGUUUAGGGGAAAGGAACUUUUCCAAUCAUCGAUCUUCAGCAGCCGUUCCAGGAAGAUGAACCGUUGAAGAGAAGGCGAGGAGCCGAUCGCAGAAACAGUUGAUGUGAUGACGUAGUUGAACACUCAGAUGCUUCUCAGUUAAGGGGGGUAAGCAUCACCAGGUACGGUAGUCUGCAGCCCUAGUCGUUUGCUUCCUGCCAACGGGAUGAUAGUUGGGCGCAUUGUCUCAAGUUACUAGGGGCGUGCGACUACGCGUGACUGCAAGGUUUGCAGGGGUCGCGGUGUGUCCCUACCGAGAGAAUCGUUACUUUGCGUGAGUGUAACUCUCUUGAGCGUUGUCGGGCACGCGCUUUUCCGAGAGCUCUGGACAGUGACACGUUGACUCUGAUCAUGUGGGGCUGUGUUUUUAGCCCUGGCUGUGAAACACCUCACAGCAGCCGUUACCGCUGCUGUAAGAUGCUCUUUCAUGAGGAAAACUAUAGCAGCCAUAUCAAUUCGUGCACAUAACGUGACUCGACAAGCAGCCAUCAUGCGACUGUUCUGAAGGUGGGCAAACCCUGCGCUCCCACAGCGGUGGUGACCGCUCGCUGCUGUCCGACACGAAAAAGAAUAAAGGGGCGGGAAGCCAUUCCGGUGGCGUUCUGGGGUUCAUUGAUCGUGUUGUAUCUCCACCGGAACAUACGUCAGCGCUGGCCACAGGUCACGAUAUCCCACUUACUUGAAGGGUCAGAAGUCUGAGGGAUGAGUCAGAAUAGAUGCCUCGUCAUAUUGCAUCCUUUGUAUCCUUUCUCCGCAACAAAUAAAUUGAGUGACCGGGAAAUAAUUUGAGGAGUUGUCCGAAAGUAUCUGAGAGGUUCUGUGUGAUCCGGAGUCGCGGGCGAUACACAUGUUAGACAACGGCACAGUGGGGGCCUUUCGGUCGUUCUGAGUACGGCGAGUUCGUGCGAAGUGAACCACUAGAGUCGAUACGGACUUUUCCUGAAGGGUCCGAGCCCAUGAAGUAUUGCUGCGGAAGACAUCCACUGUCGUUUUAGAAUUUUUGCGAGACGGGUAGCACGACGUGGGGAUGAUACAGUCAGCGUUCACCACCUCCCACUGGGUCAAAAACCUUGCUGCUUCAGCGUCGUGUUAUUCCCGUCACCUAAGUUCUGCGAAAAGCAAGAGAAACUCAAUUGAAGUUUCUUGUGUCUUUUAACGAACAUGCAGCACAGAGAAGCGAUCAAUAACUUGCGUCGAAGACAUCUGCGUCUGGACUGUGAAUGCGCUAGAAUUAAGGUCAGGAGAAACAGGCGUUUUUUGUGGAAUGCGUAAAGAAGGUCACCGUGAACUGAAUUGAUGUGUUUCACAACAAAGGUCACUUCACAUGACAGGAUUUUUUGGUGGCUCGAGGGGGGAUGGCUGCUGUGUGUAUCGGCGAAACCUGGUGAGCCUGACGGCGCACAGAAGAGGUGCUUUGGAGGGAAAUCUAGGUCCCCUUUUCGUAUGAGGUGUGUUCUCUUUUCAUCUAACGGAGACCAUGCGAGCGGAGCAGCAGAAACUAUCUGACACGCGCCAAAGUCCAGCAGCGACGAAAGUGCAGGGGAAGACACGGGAGUCCACUAUGUGCUACUCUGACUAAGAAAGACCGGGAGGUCAUUUUACAGUUUUGUGUCUUUUCACAGUCGUUGCGGAUCGUCGGUAUAUUGGGAUUUUCAGACCACUUCUCUACGUUCAGAUCUUGACACAGAAGGUGUACCUUAGCCUAGUAGGCAGACGUUUUUCACGUGCGCUGCUCGUGUUAGUGGGAUUUACUACUCUUCAAGCGUUGUAACACGCCCGCAUCUGAACAGUAUCAUUCCGGCUCUGUCAGGAUAUACCUUUGGCAUCUCUACACAACAGGCGGCUUUUCACAGUAUAGUAGAUACGCAGAGAGUGGACUUGGUGAGGUACGUCGACAGGCUGUGUUCCCCGGAGGCGGAAACGUUUCCCUUUGGCUUUUUUCAGCCACACUGGCAAACAACUGACUGGGGUCCUCUGCAGAAAGCGUCUCUGCUAAAAUGCGUACGACUGCUAAAUGUCUGUGUUUUAUAAGCAUGCUUGAGCCACACCCGCGUUUCAUAGAUGUGAAAAGCUGUGGACGAAAACACAAGGGGAGAUUUGGGUUGCAAUGCCCGACCUUGCAGGUCAGCACUAGGGUACAACCGGAACAACCACAUUCCGCAGACACGAUGCCAGUAGGGUUGUGGAUCCCUCUUACUGAUUGGGGAAACACAUCGCACUUCGGGAGCGGGACCCGCCGUGUGCAACGUGUCCUCAACAAAUUUCAAAGAGUCAUUCGUCUUGCCCAAUUGCAACUGCACGACCUUGGCAUCGUACUACACGAGUCAUUGAAUCCAGAAGAAAAACGUGAGCGAAAACCAGAUGCCUACGAAAUGAGUGCUGUUGGACUUUCGUUGUGCCAAACAGUGUGGCAGGGCGACAACAGUACACUGCACGUAGCUUGCACCUGACAACUUCUGUAUCUGAUUCCGAGUUCCUGAGUUGCUUCCAAAAGGUAAGGGCUGAUCUGUUUCCGUGACAGCCACGUCAAACAAUCGCCCGUCACAUCAGACCAUGGCCCGCUCUCAAGCACAACCUUGAGCUUCAACCAAAACGAGCCCACGAUUUCUCUCCAAAGAACUGCGCAGACCGAAGGACGAGAGAAGCAAGGGAAUACAGCCGUUGAAGACUUUUCAGGUUGCUGAUGUAACUCUGCUGUCCAUCACCCCCCGUUUGUAGCGUGUUCGAUGUUCUCGAAGUUUGAGGACCCCGAAAUCCGAACUCUGUGUACUAGUCCCAAUAUAGAGCUGAGAGUCCCUUCCGCGCGAAUGCUGCGGGGCGAUAGUCUGUCUGAGUCAGCCGGAUCCUUCGUGAACACAGAUAGAACACGCGCUGAUGCGCCCCAAGUUUCCCCUCAUCGUACUAACCCGUGCAUCUAGCGUUGGACUGGGUUCCUUGUGUAAGUCUUGGUGCCGAGCCAUUCGCGGCUUACGUUAAGUAAACGUGGCUUCAACAGCCAAAACGCGUUCCUUCCGUUGACGACAAUUUCCUGAAUUUCAGUGAACUUGGGAACGCAGGUGUGGGCACUGCCUCUGCCGUUCCGCGGUUCUGGGAAGAAGUGACGCGCUGUGCCGACAGGGGAAGAGAGAGAAAAACAGCUGCCUUGUGCACGUCACCCCUUCUCCGAUUCUGCAACAGUCUGCUCUUGAGGCGGGUUAGGGAAGACCUUGUUCCCACUGCGAGCGUGCGGAGGGCGGCCUCUCGUCUACCACCCCGUUGUUCUGCCAUGGGUCCCGAACCGCUGCUUCGUGGCGCUGCCCGCGCACGGGCCGACAAUGGGGUGGAUCAGCGACGAAGUGGCGCGAACAGCGACGGGAUAUUGGGCCCGUGGCCUCCGUGUUUUUCAAGAUUUUGAUUUUGUUUGGCCGACAUGCUUUUUCGUUACGCCAGUACGCCUUCGGAGUUUGUACCCUGCGUCCCGACGAACAGUCUCGUUCCAGCGCAUCCCGCGCCGUGUAUAUACGGUCCGCAGGUGACGCGCGCCUGGCCGCCGUCUACCGAGAAAUUGCAAAUUUGUGGAUGAAAACUGUGCUCUUUUGUUACCGGUUUUCGAUCAGGAGAUCGAUGAACCGCUGUGCGGAUACAUUGAUUGUGAUUUGACGGAGGGGAAACACGCCCUUUCUCACCGAAACACACUUGUCUAUCCCCGUGGCGCCAGGGCAGAGGGUGUCCCGAUCGGCAUCCUCAACUGCGCGUGGUUUUUUGCUUCGUUUUGUCUUUUUUUUUCGCGUAGCUCCGGCGAUCUUCUUCUUCGUGUCUCUGCGAGAAUACGCAGAAACAGAAACCAUCUUUUUCUCACCUUUCUCAGGUCGGGCGCCCCUGUUCCCGGCUGUGACUGACGCGCGCUGUCCUGAAGCGGGUUUCAACGACUGCUGAGCUCCGCCUUUGUGUUGAAGUCUCGUCUUUUUUGUAGUUCUUUCUUUUAAGGAACUCCGGUGGACACUUUGGGGCGACACGCCACAAACGCAAGAGCACAGGCGAUACUUUGUGACUGC